AUGGCUUUAAUUCUGGCUCAACCUACAUUUUAACAAAAAAUGUCUGUCUCAGUAAGAAUCUUCAAGGUAGACUAAUAAUAACAAUCUGAGCCUCUAAGUGAAAAAAACAACCUUUAGUGGACAGGAAAUGAGGUUGUUGCAGUCUACAGAUAGAAGCAAUCUAUGGCAGCAAUAACAAAACCUUUUGUACCUAUAGUAAGUUGGCUCCCAAAAAUGACACUUUCAAUGCAUAUUUGUAUAUUUUUCUGUCUUUUGUCCUCACUACAGGCCAGAAUUGCCCUUCUGCAUUAUGGAGAACCAGACUGUAAGCACAGAUUUUCUGCUUCUGGAAGGGAUAAAACUGCUACCCCAGUCCAAAGUCGCCACCUUCACAGUCCUCCUCCUCAUAUACAUCUUUAUCCUGGUGUCCAACAUUGGCCUGGUGGUCCUGAUCUCAUUGGAGAGGAGCCUCCACCAGCCCAUGUAUCUGCUCUUCUGUAACAUGGGUAUAAAUGAUGUGUUCGGGUGCACGGCGCUCAUUCCACGCCUGCUGAGCGACCUCUUCAUUCCUUACGCAGAGCGCUACAUUCAUUACAUCAACUGUGCGAUUCAGGCCUUCUGUCUUCACCUUUAUGCCAGCAACUGUCACACCGUGCUCAUUAUCAUGGCUUUUGAUCGCUACGUGGCAAUCUGUAACCCCCUCCGAUAUGCCACCAUCAUGACCAGCAAGAUGGUGGUGAAGCUGUCUGUGUCUGCCUGGGCGGUGUCGUUCAUAUUGGUGCUUAUCCUGCUGAGCCUCAGUGUCCGCCUGUCGCGCUGUAGGGCGGAAAUAUUCCACCCAUUCUGUGACAACGCCUCCUUGUUUAAGCUGUCCUGUGAAAGUGUCCUCAUCAACAACAUCUUUGGUCUUGGCUACACCGUGCUCCUGCUGGGCACCUCAAUCGGCAGCGUCACGCUCACAUACAUGAAGAUUGCUGCAGUGUGUGUGAUCAGUAAGAGCAAGCUGCUGAACAGAAGAGCGUUGCAGACCUGCGUCACACACCUGGCUGUGUACAUCAUCAUGUUAAUGUCAGGCAGCGUAAUAAUUAUCCUACACCGUUUCCCUCAUUUAUCACAAGAAAGGAAGAUGGCAUCCAUCCUGUUUCACGUCAUUCCUCCUGCCAUGAACACUGUUAUCUACGGACUGCAAAUCAAAGCAGUCAGAGAAAAAAUCCUUAUCAUAUUUUUACGGAAGACAAUGGCUGUGGCAGAUGUGAAAUGACCCAAUGACUUUAAUUAAACAAGUAUGAAUUAAAUAGUUGCAAAUGGCAUCCAACAUUCUGUAGGCUAAUGAAACAGCUAUAUCCUCACUUUACAAAUCAUUCACCGAUUUAAUCACACAUGUAAACUAUUAUUUUUAUAAUGUUUAACCACAAGUUUAAACCAUAUUUUUGAUAAAAUAAAGUUCAU